CAUAAAAAAGUAAAAUGUCAAAUUUUAGUGUGUGAUGUUUGUGUCAUUUUCACUUUUAGAUAAAUAUUUAUUUUUAUUUUGAUUACGGAUAAAAUAUACUACAUACCAAAAUGGUAACAAAUAGGAAACAAAAAAGCAAUGAGUCGAAGACAAGACCUUUAGGAUUUGGGACUUCAGUCCCACGGUUUGGCAAACUGACUCUACAUCCCAACCUAGACCCCAGCGGACAGUUCAAGCUGCAAGAGGAGGCCUACGAUCCGUGCCGCUACCACCCUAUUCCCAUCCACGAGAUAUUCGUCGUAAACAAGAACAGAGCCGAACCCAAAGACCCAUGGCGCUUCAAAGCCGAAAUGGAAGAUUGGUGCAAAAACCUGGGCUAUAGAAACCAGAAAAUUCUGCAAUACCGUCGCUGGAUGCAAUCCGUGGGUGGGCCGGCAUGGUGCCAACCUCAAGACUUGCCCAAAUAUGAAGCUGCCUGCAAAAACGUAGGCUUUGGCAGAGCCCCGCGCUUUAUACCAAAAAAAUGCUUCAUCCCUCCUCCAGGCAUGUACUUCAAAGCCACUCCCUACAAAGCCCCUUACGGCCCUCAUUCUACUUUGCCCUCCUUUGAAUAUGGAGAGCCCUGUCGAUUCCCUGAUCGAACUCCCAAUUGGAGCCUUGCUCCUAAUCGUUACACUAUCGUCGACAAGGAUAGCAUCGAACAGAAAUCCAAAAAGCUCGUCUCGCUUCGGGGUCCAUACGAUCUCUCCACAGGGCCGAGGGAUGCCAGUACCAUAAUAAGUCAGUUUAAUGGACGCAAAUAUCCAGCCGCGACGUGGCCAAUCGCUUUGCCAGGAAGUUUCGAAAAGUUUAAGAAGACGAGAUUAGGUGUGAUGAAUAAAACAGGGAGAGAUAAAUCAUACAAAGGGCGGAACGCUUUGGUCGAUAUCGCAAUGGCACCGCGGAGACCGAGCGACCCAGGACCAUUAGACACGAAUGUCGAUAAGCCUAAAGUGUUUAAGCAGAACAAGCGUGGAUUCAACAGUUCUUACGACCGCCCGCCUGGAUAUAAGCGUACCAUCGUGUGGCCCGGCGUAGGCCGAUACCGGGCUCAACCGAUUAGCUGUGGUCUCAUAGGCCAUGGUCACAAACAUGUGUUCCUGAGCAAGCAACAACGCACCAUUGGCUGUUAUUUACCGGAGCCUAUGAACACUUUCUAAAAGUAGGCACAUUUAGAAUCUACAUCUACAGGUCUACCAACCUCUACUUACCCGAGUUGUUGGUCCGUGUGUAGUCAGUGUCAAAUAGUGACGGAAAAAGUGGCCAAAUACAUCGUUACCUUUGUUACUAUAAAAAUAAGGAUGUGUUCCAAUUCCAAUAUAUUUAGCCACUACCUAUUUAAUACUACUGUGUAUAAUAAAUAGUGAUCCUGAACCGACUAAAUCAUCCAUAUACCAGAGGCGAACAGUAGGUACGCCGCCCACAAUUAUUUAAAGUGUCUAAUUUCGCAACCUGGCAUUUUAGUAAACAGUCGUAGUACUCUGAGCUCCGAGCACUAUUAGAUACAUUUAUGAAUACAUAUUUACAUAAUUAAAUAAAUAUAUCGAAUGAAA